UGCGCGAGAAGUCUUGAACUUUCUCCAAUUCCGCUGCAUACACAAUCGGAAGUGCUUCGCAGUUAGAUCAUGACCAUGACACCCUACGCAUCCGACUACCCAUCAAUCCCCUUCGAUCCCGCAUACAAAAAGUUCUUCGAGGACUUCUACGCUACGUCGGAUACACCCGAUGCGCACGAGAAGUACGUCGACUUCUUUACCAAAGAUGCGACGUUGAUCAUGGCGUCCAAGAAGGCGGAGGGUUCUGAAGAAAUCCUCGCGCUUCGAAAAGGAUUAUGGGAGAAGGUAAACAGCAGGGUCCACAGCCCGCGGAAAAUCUUCCCAUAUGGACCAAACUCCGACGAAGUGAUGCUGCACGGAACGGUCAAGUAUGGGUUGAAGGCCGGCGGAGAGUCAGGUCUAGACUGGGCGGCGUAUGCGCAUUUGACGAAGCUUGAUGGAGCUGUGAAGAUGGACUUUUAUCAGGUGUACUUGGACACCGGAGCUCAGAGUAAAUAGACAGCGAGAAGGGGCGUUGAAGGACGUAGUGACAGUGUUGGGAGCGACAAUAUCUGCGCGGACUGUGAAGUAGAAAUGCAUUGUGAAGCCUGGGCGAUUGUGAACGUGGAGGCGAAUGAGCGCGGGGCUGCUUGGAUCGAGGAUGCUCAUUGAGGCUGGAAGGAUAUUUCGGGACAUGCGAAAUCCUUCUAGAAGUAUCUGAGCCCAAUGAAACUUAAUCCAGAUUCUCUUUUC